CAUUCUCUCCGCUCACAUGGACGAGAGGUCGCGUUCAGUCGUCUGCUGCUCUGGAUCUGUUCUUUCCAUUGAGUUUAUAUGAUGUUCGUCAUGUUUGAGUUGGAGAUGUGAGAUGUUGUUUGCGCAUGACUGGAUUUACGCUCAUUCACUGCUGCUGUUCGAUGGGAAGCGCAAAGUGAAGAUCAACUUGUGUGAGCGCUGAGAGAAGAGGGUCACGCCAUAAGAAUGGAGUUCCCAGACCACAGCCGCCAGUUACUGCAGUGCCUGAGUCAGCAGAGACACCAAGGCUUCCUCUGCGACUGCACCGUGCUGGUGGGAGAGACGCGGUUCAAAGCGCACCGAGCCGUUCUGGCCUCAUGCAGCAUGUACUUCCACCUCUUCUACCGCGACCAGCUGGACAAAAGAGACGUGGUGCAUCUGAACAGCGACAUCGUGACGGCGCCGGCGUUCGGGCUGCUGCUGGAGUUCAUGUACGAGGGAAAGCUGGAGUUCAGCGCUCUUCCGGUGGAAGACGUCUUGGCGGCGGCCAGCUACCUGCACAUGUACGACAUUGUGAAAGUAUGCAAAGGAAAGCUGAAGGAUAAGGAGCUGUGCGAGGUGGAGUGCGGCGAGAAGGCAAACGGUCACUCCGACAGGUCCCUGGAUCUUGUAGGUGUCAAUUAUGUGUCAGCCGAGGCCGAGGCCUGUGUCCGAACAGCUGGAAAAACAAAAGCUGAUGUCAGUAGUUCGGCCGCCCCUGUGUCCCAGAGGUCCCGGGCGUCGGAUGACACGGACCGCGCGCUGGAUUUGUCUUUCAAGCCUCUGUCGAGCCGAGACGCCUUCCACCCCUCCUACGUCUCGGGACAGCUGGCCCUCGACAGCCAGCAGCAGGGCACCGAGCCACUUGUUAAAGACGAACAUGACUUGCUGUCAGAGCAGGAGGACGGUGAUCCGGUGAGCCCAGAGAGCCAGCGCUUUGGGAAUAUCGCCAGGAGUUCGGUGGUGACAGGGUUCGCUGGCCUUUUCCCCGAAAACAAGGCCACGGCUUCGCUGCUCCCUCCGGACGAUGACCUGAUGGAGGAGGAGAAUGGGUUGCAUGUGCGUUCGGAGCAUCAUCUCAGGGACAGCGAGGGCGAGGAUGAGGACGACCUGGCGUCUUCAGACAUCUCCACAUCCAGCGGGGUUCUCCUCCCGCCGGGCAGGCAGCAGGUUUGCAUAUGUCCGCUCUGCAGCAAAGUCUUCCCAAGCGCUCAUGUGCUCCAGCUCCACCUCAGCUCACACUUCAAGGAGAAAGACGGCGUCCGCUCCAAGCUCUCGCCCGACGGCUCCGUCCCGACCUGCUCGCAGUGCGGCAAGACCUUCUCCUGCAUGUACACGCUCAAGCGGCACGAGCGCACGCACUCCGGCGAGAAGCCGUACACCUGCGGACAGUGCGGGAAGAGCUUCCAGUACUCACACAAUCUGAGCCGGCACGCCGUGGUGCACACGCGAGAGAAACCGCACGCGUGCAAGUGGUGCGAGCGGCGCUUCACGCAGUCCGGCGAUCUGUACCGACACAUACGCAAGUUCCACUGCGGCCUCGUCAAGACGCUCGCUAUAGGAUGAAGGCGGGGCAAACGUGGUGCAAUCACGUCCUUUUGUAUAAAAACAACAGCAGUUUUUAUGAAGAAGAAGAAGAAUAAUAAUAUCCAGUAUUUUGCAGGUGGCAGAAAAUCGGUUCAUUAAUGACUGUAAAACACAAUUGUGUCUCCAGCAAUCAGCAGUUUGAUGCACUUGGGUCUUUGACAUCAUAUAUAUAUAUAUAUAUAUAUGUACGUGUCUGUGUGUGUGUUAAAUAUAUUGAAAUAUAAUUAAAAUAUAUUGUAUAUUUCAUAAGUGUUUUUUAACUGAUAUAUACAUUAAAAUAUAUAUAUUAUUUUAUAUAUUUCACAUAUAUGUAGUUAAAAACAGUUUAAAAUAUAUGUAUUUUUAUACACACACACACACACACACACAUAUAUAUAUAAUAUGGGUAGUUGACAAAUAAAAAUUGGACUGUCCUAUGGUGUGAGACAGCAAAAAUGUAGAAAAGAAAAAACUUCACAUACAAAUAACAUGAGAAAAAUAUAUCUUCAUUCUCAGAGUUACAAAUAGCAUGAGAGAGGUUUAUCUUUAAUGUUAGAGAUUUGUUUUUGAUACAUUGAUACAUCAAUUACCCAUAUAUAUAUAUAUAUUAUAUACUUAAAUACAUACAUAUGUG